ACAAAAAAAAUGGACGCUUGUUUGGUGAGGGGAACAAAAAUGGCUGCUAUAGAAAUUGUGGACUUAUGCAGUGAUGAUGAAGGGGAAAAUGUUUCCAAAGCUGCUAGUAGUGCAAAGAAACAGAAUGUGGCCAAGCACCAGAGACCUCAAACUCAAACUCAAACUCAUUAUUCUGCCGUCCAAGUUUCUGAUAAAAGCUCUAGUGCUCGAAGCACUAGUCACAGUUAUUCCAGUGCAAUGGAGCAGGAACUGUUGCAUGUUCAAGACACACUCUUUUCUCCAUCAAUUUCUAGGAACUUUUGGAAAGCAGGAAACAAUGAUAGUGCCCUUGCCUCCAAACUCACCACCUUCCAAAAUGCUGAAAACUACUUGCAUGUCCACCCUUCGUUCCUUCACUCGAAUGCGACUUCGCAUAAGUGGGCAUUCGGUGCUAUAGCUGAGCUUCUUGAUAAUGCAGUUGAUGAGACCCAAAAUGGGGCUACUUUUGUUCUUGUAGAUAAAAUUUUCAAUCCAAAAGAUGGAAGUCCAGCCUUGUUGAUUCAAGACGAUGGUGGUGGAAUGGAUCCACAAGCAAUGCUUCAAUGCAUGAGCUUUGGAUUUUCAGACAAGUCAAAAAUUGCAAUUGGACAGUAUGGAAAUGGCUUUAAGACUGGUAGCAUGAGACUGGGUGCAGAUGUCAUUGUCUUCAGCUGCCACAUGAAUAACAUGAUAUUGACUCGUAGCAUUGGACUUCUGUCUUACACAUUCUUGAUGCAAAAACUGUUUGACAGAAUUGUAAUCCCCAUGGUGAAUUAUAAGUUUGAUCCAUCAACUGGAUGCUUGCAAAUACUAAAUGACAAAGAAUAUUUUAGGUCUAAUUUAUCCAUACUAUUGCGCUGGUCUCCAUAUAUAUCAGAAGCAGAACUUCUGAAACAAUUUGAUGACAUUGGAAAUCAUGGUACCAAAAUUAUUAUUUUCAAUUUAUGGUUCAACGAUGAUGGCAAUUUGGAGCUAGACUUUGAUUCUGAUCCUGAGGAUAUAUGUAUUGCUGGGCAUAUCAAGAAGAUUGACACAAUUCCUUCCUGGAAGAUAGUAAAUGAGGAACACAUUGGCAACCGUUUUCAUUAUUCUUUACGUGCUUACUUCUCCAUAUUGUACUUGGGGAUACCAGAAAGUUUUAGAAUUAUAUUGCGAGGACAAGUUGUGAAGCUACAUAACAUUGCAGAUGAUCUCAAAUAUACUGAAUUUAUCUUGUAUAAACCACACAGUGGUGAUUCUGAAGAGGGAAUAGUUGUAACUACAAUUGGAUUUGUUAAGGAAGCUCCUGAAGUGAACGUCCGUGGCUUCAAUGUAUAUCACAAAAAUCGGCUUAUACUGCCAUUUUGGAAGGUUGUGAACUAUUCACGUAGUAGGGGUAGAGGUGUAGUUGGUAUCUUGCGAGCUGAUUAUCUUGAGCCAACUCAUAAUAAACAAGAUUUUGAGAGAAGUUCCCUGUUUCAAAAGCUUGGAGUACGCCUGAAGGAAAUGACAUGGGAGUACUGGGAUUGUCACUGUCAUCUAAUUGGGUAUCAGGAAAGCAAAGUUUCUCAUUGCGCUUCAGCUGCAUCUCUUAAUAAGAGGAAGACACAUGGAAGUAUAGACCUUCAAAAGAUGAAAAGGAAAGCAGUGGAAGAAAAUGUUACAGUUGCUGGAUGCGAUCAGAAUGUGCUGAUUAAUGCAUCUCCUACAGAUCAGACGAUAGACCCAGAAGUUAUGAAGUUGAUGAAAGUGAACAAAAAACUCUUACAACAAUGUUUAGAAUAUGAAAAGGCAGAGGAAGAACUUAAUCUUAAGGUUAUGCAGCUUAGAAAUCAAAUUGAGGAAGCUCAUCGUGUGUAUGAUACUCUUUUGGCUAAAGCACAGCCCCAUGAAUUAUGGUAAAAGAUAGUGUAAUGUAGCUUGUAUCUUUGCACUCUAGCUUCGAUCUUUAUUUUGAAAGGAAAGGAUGUUGUAGGUAAAUAGUUUAGUUAGUCAAUUCUAUAUAUAGCUCGGGCCUGUUGUAAGUUGAUAGAAGUGGGCUUUUCAGCAUGUAUAAAAUAGGCUGAACUUUCCUCAUUAAGGCUCUAUAUUUCUCUUUUGGGUUUUGUAUUUAUUAGGAGACUUUGAUUUCUUCGUUUCUCAUGGUUGUCUGAUACAAAUGCUAGUCAAAUCAGUUAAUGGAGGAGAUAUAUUUGAACUGCUGUU